UGGAAACGAAAAAUAUGAUCUACAUAGUGUCUGAAUACGCAAGCCAAGGUGAAAUAUUCGAUUACAUCGCUCGUUAUGGUCGAAUGCCCGAGCACACGGCGAGGAGUAAAUUUCUGCAAAUUCUGUCAGCUGUCGAAUACUGCCACGCCAGGAGAGUCGUCCACAGAGAUCUGAAGGCUGAGAAUCUGCUACUGGAUGCCAACAUGAACAUCAAGAUAGCCGACUUCGGCUUUUCCAAUUACUACACCCAAGGCGAACUCUUGGCAACGUGGUGCGGCAGUCCGCCUUAUGCCGCCCCAGAGGUUUUCGAAGGAAAGAAGUACACGGGCCCAGAAAUCGAUAUCUGGAGUCUCGGCGUUGUUCUGUACGUGCUGGUAUGUGGAGCCCUCCCGUUCGACGGCUCCACAUUGCAAACAUUGAGGGAUCGGGUACUGAGCGGAAGGUUUCGCAUACCUUACUUCAUGUCUUCAGAUUGUGAAUCCCUCAUCCGAAAAAUGCUCGUAUUAGAACCAUCGCGUCGCUACACGGCCGAACAAAUCAGGAAGCACAGAUGGCUCCAGCAGCACCAGUACAAUGAUCCUCAGUAUUCAAGUGCUGGUGAUUUAUCAGCAGCAGCUCAGGCCAACAUCAGGCCCAAUAGUCAGUGCGCAGAACCAAAUGAACAAAUUUUACGACUGAUGCAAAGCUUAGGAAUUGACCAAGCAAAAACCAAAGAGAGUCUGAAACUUAAUAGUUAUGAUCAUCACGCAGCAAUAUAUUUAUUACUUUUGGAAAGGCUUCGCCAGCAACGAUCAUUGUCAUGUGAUAGUCGGCCUCAUAGUCCAUUAGCUCAAGGAGGAGUGGGUAGUAGAUCUCAUUCGCCAACGCAGUCCUACGUACUUCAGCAACAAUUUGGAAGCACAUCCACUGAGCGUUCUAAAUCGAAUGACUCGGCCCACCAGCUUCAAAUUAUGUUAGGAACUAAUGCUAAUUUAUCUGGAGAUAAUAAAACUGGUGAAACUAGAAGGCCGUCAUCAGUUGCCGAACAAGCGAUGAGAAGGACUCCUGCUGGAAGUGUUGAUGCUUCACCUGUCAGGUUAUCUUCUGAACAUCAAAGUCCACGACAUCAAGUUCAUUCUCCCCAUUUAAGUAGAGCUGCUCAGCACGCUAGUUUAGGGGAUUAUCACCUUCACCAUCAACAAAAUCAACAGUCAUCAAAUCAGCAACACCAGUCCGCAAAUCAACAGUAUAAUACUAGGCCAUCGCCAGUGCAGAAUACUUCUGCUGAUAGUUCUACAAGACUGCCUUUAUUGACAUCAAAUAGCUUCGAUUCCAAGACAAGAAGAUUAUGUAGCAGUGGCACUGAUGGCAAAAUAAGUUGUAAUAUGAACUCAGGUUAUACAAUGAGCGCGGAAGCUGCAAAAUUAUUGGUCACCCUAAGGCAAAGUCCUUUACCGCUCACAACACCGCCUUUUAGAGAUUAUAUGAACCACAUACAGGCCUACGCAUUUCUCCAGAACGCGGGUCAAGAUUUGGUUAAUCCAACUUCUUCACCGCAACAUAGCAGUAGUCGCUCACACAAAUCAUCAGACUUUCAUCAGCAAUGUUCUUCAUCAACUGAUGAAGGCUGUGAAACUGAUAUGGAGGACCAAGAACGAGGCAAUCAGGCAAAUAAUAAUCAUCACUCAAGUGGUUGCCAUCAACAAGGACACCAUGGUCACGGUUCCACUUGCGGCGUGCAUAGGUUAAGUUCAUAUGCGAGUUCAAGUUCCAGUAGUGGAGUCGCCGUUGGCUAUCAUUCAAAAUCUUUGAGCUGUGAUUCUGCAUCGUCGAGGAGUACAUUAUCAGCAUUUGACAGUUUGGAAAGACGAUUGUCUAGUGAUUGUCCAGGUGAUUGUCCCAGCGAAUUAGCUGGUUCGCUGCCAAGUUGUGCGUCUAAUCCGGCGAUAAACGAAAGCGGCAGCAGUACGACAACCUGCGGUUCACCAUGUCCGUCAGGCGCACGCAGCAAAAUCCGUCCAAUGAGUGCUGCCGGAGGUGCAAACACCGCAUCAAGUCGAAAUAGUUCAUGUAAUCGCUCUGGAAUGGCCAGGAGAGCCACCACCAGAGUUGGCGGUUCUAGGGCAUAUCUAUCAAGAAGUCCAGUAGAUUUCAGAGAAGGCCGACGUGCUAGUGAUGGACUGGUGGCCCAAAAAGUGACUUCACAAACGGACCGCACGAAUAUCGCGUUCGAUAGCAGACGCUUGAACGAAGCAUGCAAAACACGAGGAGUAUUUGAACUGCACUUGGUGCAAAGAGAAGCCAAAAUGCUGAAAACCCAAUACCAAACAUCUGUAACUCUCGAUGAAAUGAACCAAAGACAAAUGCAACAUGAUCAAUUCGCUUCUCUUGGAUGUAGCCCUGAGAGUUUUGCUUAUGUGGGCUGCGGUAAUUCUGGUCAAAGUACGAAUCCACAAGAAGCUGGCAACCUUGACAUCAAGUCACCUCUUCAACAACAGUUGAUGCAACAUCGUCUUCUGCAGCAAAAACGUCAAAUUUUACAAAAGCAAUGUGCACUAUCCAAUACUUCCGGAGAAAUGAUCAUACCACCAGGAUUACAUCAAAUGACGGCGCUAACUCGUAGACAAAUGUUGCGUCAACAAAGCUAUAAAAUGGCCCAACAAACCCAAAUACUUCCUCCGCUACCCUUGGCUGAACUUGGUGAAAGCUACAUCGAAGAAACGGGUCCUUGUGCAUCAAAUAACGCCGAAAUCCAGCACCAGGAAAGGCUUUUGGCGCAAGAAAAGUAUCAAGAAAGACUUGCUGCACAGCAAGAUCGAUUGCACCCUUUGCAGCAAUCUGACAGACACAUGUCUAAAGAAAAUUUUCUACCUCAGGAUACAGAAAAGUAUCUAUCUCUGCAACAGAGUCCGCAAAGAAGUUGUAAUUCUGCUGCCAGCCAAUUGGCGAAGCAAGAAUGGACAAACUUGACGAGCACUAUGCAAAAUGCUUGCCAUAUUAAUGAUUUAAUGGGUAGUCAAGAGUGCGCUCAUAUUGCUGCAGGAUCGGGUAGUGGAAGACUCCAAAGUCAGUGGUCCAGCAGUGGCCAUCAUCUACACCAGCCACAAUGGCUUCAAUCCGCGCCAAUACAUCAGCAAUGUUAUCAGGUAUAUGGUUUUCACGAGUGAUUUACAAUUUUAUUUAUGCUUGAUCUGUAGAUUUUUAUCGCAUUAUU